CUGCUGCGCUGUGAGCGUGCCCAGGACGGACUUCGGCCCCUGUGUUUACAGACCUGUCCCAGGGCAGUGGUCAGAAUGGCGGGCUGUGUCCAGCUGCUCCUGUUCCUCCUGGUCCUCCACUGCGCCGAGCCCUCAGUCUUUCUUUCUGCCUCAAAAGCAAAUGAUGUUCUGGUAAGAUGGAAGCGUGCUGGCUCCUAUCUUUUGGAAGAGCUCUUUCAGGGAAAUUUGGAAAAAGAAUGUUACGAAGAGAUUUGUGUCUAUGAAGAAGCAAGAGAAGUAUUUGAAAACGACGCGAUCACUGUUGACUUUUGGAAGAGGUAUAUGGAUGGCUCCCCGUGCCGCUCUCAGCCCUGCCUCAACAACGGGUCGUGCCAGGACAACAUCCGCAGCUACACCUGCACUUGCCCCUCAGGCUACGAGGGCAGGGACUGCGCCUUUGCUAAAAAUGAAUGUCACCCAUUGAGGACUGAUGGAUGUCAACACUUUUGCCACCCGGGACAGGACUCCUACACGUGCAGUUGUGCCAAGGGGUAUAAGCUGGACCAAGACCGCAAAUCGUGCAUCCCUCAUGACAAGUGUGCCUGUGGCAUCCUGAAUUCUGAAUGCAUCAGGACAGUGCAGAAAAGCAGGCAGAGUCUUCAAGUUUUCCCAUGGCAGGUAAAACUAACAAAUUCCAAAGGACAAGACUUCUGUGGUGGUGUUAUAAUACAGGGAAAUUUUGUGCUGACAACAGCGAAGUGUUCACUGUUACACAGAAAUAUUAGUGUGAAAACAAGUUUUCAUAGGCUGAGCAAGGACCCACUGACAGUAAAGGUGAAGAGCAUCCAUGUGCACAUGAGGUACGAGGAAGAGACGGGGGACAAUGACAUUUCGCUGUUGGAGCUAGAGGUGCCCAUCCAGUGCCCAGACAUGGGGCUCUCCAUCUGUAUGCCAGAGAGCGACUUCGCAGAGGGCAUCCUCAUCCCUGCGACACAGGGCCUCCUCAUUGGCUGGAGACUGAAUGGCUCCGAGCUGGGCAACGCUCCGAUGCAGCUGCCAGUCAUGCACAUGGACAGCGAGGAGUGUGGGACAGCCCUUAAUGUGACAGUGACGACGAGGACAUACUGCGAGAGAGGAGCGAUGGCUGGAGGGGCGCAGUGGGCGGAGGGCAGCGUGGUCGCCAGAAAACACAAAGGCACCUGGUUCCUGACAGGGGUUCUGUGCUUGGCGCCCGCCCAAGAGUCCAGAGGGCACACACAGGAGUUUCUGCUCACCAAGGUUUCAAGAUAUUCACUCUGGUUUCGACAAAUCAUGAAGUGACUAAACGCAGCUACUGAGAAAGAAUACAGUAUGUGGUGGCACAUUUUAACUGCAAGCAUGGAAUUAAACUGAAAUUUCACAGCAAAACGGUUGUGACUGCUUCAGAACAAUUCCAUCAACAAACCAUCGGUUACUGCUUAUGACUGUGAUUUUCAACUGGUGUGCCACAGGAAUUUUUAAAACAUGCAAUAACCUAUUUGGUCAGAGGCACUGACCUCUUUCCUCUUAAGACUGUUAAAUAAAAAAAUGUCAACAGCCAACACAACAAUAGCCAUCCGGUGUGAAUGAAUCAAAACUAUUUUUUGUCAGAUCGGCCAAAAAUAAAUUUUUUGGUGUGCCACAGAAUUUUAGUAAUUAGCUUAUGUUUGCCAUGAGAUGAAGAAGUUGAAAAUCACUGGCUUAUGAAAUCAUUACUGAGUACUGUAAAAAGUUCUUUCCUUGGGACUUUUGAUCUAAACAGAGACCUUAAGAAAAUGGGAGAUACAUUAAACAAUAAAAACCUAUCUGUCAGUC